UGUUCUCUAUAUCCACAACCCCCACCAUUUCUUGCUGUCACUACAGAGUCAUAUCAUUAUUCAUACACACACAACACAACUUCUUUAACUAGAGAUCAACGAGUCCUCCCAUGGCAGAAAUGCAGAUACAACAUCAAGAAGACCAUAACCAUAACCCUAAUCACAUCCCUCGCCCUAACCCUAACCCUAACCCUAACCCUAACCCUACACAAUACACACAUUACCGCUUCCCUGGCAAAGUUCCCCACCACCAACACCAAGUCCACAACAUGGACAAAGGCGCAGCUUCUCGCUUCAAACCCAAUGCCCCCAAACGUGAACACUGCAUUUGCAUCACCGUUUUCCUCCUCCUACUCGGCAUCAUACUCCUCGUUCUCUGGCUGGCCUACCACCCUACCAAGCCGCGCUUCACGGUGGCCAGCGCCGCCGUCUACGGCCUCAACGCCACCUCGCCGCCACUCAUGUCAAUCGCCAUGCAGUUCAACAUGGUCAUAAGAAACCCUAACAGGCGCGUCUCAAUUUCCUUUGACAGGCUCUCCGCCUACGUGUCCUACCGCAACCAGCCCGUUACGCCGCAUGUCAUGCUUCCGCCGCUCUUCAUAGAGAAGCACAGCGCCGUGUCGCUGUCCCCGGAGAUCGGAGGCGUGCCGGUGCCGGUGUCGGAGGACGUCAGCAAUGGACUGGCCAUGGACGAGAAUUAUGGGGUGGUGGGCGUGAAACUUGUGUUGUUUGGAAGGUUGAGGUGGAGAGCUGGUGACAUAAACUCUGCACAUUAUGGAUUGUAUGUCAAGUGUGAUGUUUUGAUGGGUUUGAGGAAAGGUUUUGUGGGUCAGGUUCCUCUUCUUGGUGCUCCAGUUUGUGAUGUUAAUACAUGAUAAUUGUCUUACAAUAGGCUUGUAUCUGAUUAAUAAAGUACAAUGUGUGCAUACAUGCAUGGAUGUAUCUUAGUGAUCUUAAUUAUUCCUAUUACAUUUUAAUAUUUUUGUCAAAAAUUAAACCAGCAAUUACAUAUAGAAAGUUGGAUUUUGUAUUUUGGGAACUUCGUAUUUUGUGUUUGAGUGACAUGUAAUAUGUAAAAGAAAAGUAGAGAUUUGACUAUUUGAAGUAUUUUGAGUCACAUUGCGUACAAUGUCAUGUUAUGGAUAGAGAGAGAGAGAGAGAAAUUAAACAAGAAUUAUGAAUAUUAUGAAUGUGUGCAUACUAAUUUGGA